UCACAUGCAGAAAGCACGGCCGCCUUUCAAGAAUUAGCGCGUCAUGUUGGGUCAUGAGGACAGGCCCAUAGCAACGACCAACCUCUCGAUCUCGUUCAGGAGCAUCUUCCUUGUUCAAACAACGCCAUGGCUCGAGGGGAAGAACCAAUGCUGACGCGCCGCCCGUCGUCGCACAACGACGAGCGAGCAACCGAAGAGGAUGCCCUCUUGACCGGCCAGAGGCCAACCCGCCAACCCGCUGCCUCCCGAUGGGCAAGAUACAGAGAGAUUGCCCUCUUCACCUGGGGACUCGUUGCCACCGCCGCCGUCAUUGUUCUAGCCGUCGUAUACCAACACCAAACCUCAAAGACAACAUCCGAAAGACAUGGUGAACGACCCAAUGGAAAGAGGAAUCUGGUAUUCAUGGUUUCUGAUGGUAUGGGCCCUACGUCGCUGGCCUUGACUCGAGGCUGGAGACAGUACGUCAAUGCUCUGCCUUGGGACGGCACUUUGGUGCUGGACAAGCACUUGAUUGGAAACAGUCGCACACGAAGCAGCAGCAGUCUAGUCACCGACAGUGCUGCUGGAGCGACGGCAUUCAGUUGUGGACACAAGUCAUACAAUGGCGCUAUCAGUGUCAUGCCCGACCACUCGCCCUGCGGAAGUGUUAUGGAGGCUGCAAAGAGAGCUGGCUACACGACCGGUCUCGUUGUCACCACCCGCAUUACCGACGCUACCCCUGCCUGCUUUGCCUCGCACGUCAGAACCCGUGCCAUGGAAGACCAGAUCGCCGAACAACUCAUUGGAGAUGGUCCUCUGGGCAGAAAUGUCGAUCUGAUCCUUGGCGGAGGAAGAUGCCACUUCCUACCCAACACAACUGCUGGUGGAUGCAGAGCGGACGGGAGGGACCUCAUCGAGAAGGCCGACGAACACGAUUGGAACUACAUUGGCACCCGUGAGGACUUUGAUGGUCUCAACCUUGGCUCUUCGGUCAAGCUGCCUCUGCUUGGACUUUUCGCACCUACCGACAUUCCUUUCGAGAUUGACCGCAGACAUGUCGAUGACGAGUACCCUUCGCUCGAAGAGAUGGCCAAGACCGCUCUGCGUGCUCUCAAGGAUGCCACAAAGGACAGCGACCAGGGUUUCUUCCUCAUGAUCGAGGGCAGCAGAAUCGACCAUGCUGGUCACAACAACGACCCUGCUGCUCAGGUCCAUGAGGUGCUUGCCUACGACAGAGCUAUGCAGGCCGUUAUCGACUUCCUCGAGGAGGACGACACUGAAGGUCUCAUGGUUGCUACUAGUGAUCAUGAGACUGGUGGCCUGGCUUCCGCUAGACAAUUGAACGUCAACUACCCCGAAUAUCUGUGGUAUCCCGACGUCCUCGCAAACGCUACUCAUAGUGCCGAGCACACCGCUCGUCUGUAUUUCUCCCACCUCUCAUCAUCCCAGCCUUCCAAGGCCGACCUCCGCAAAUAUCUCCCCAAGCUUAUCAACGACAACUUGGGAAUCAAGAACGUCACCCCUGAAGAGAUCGAAUACCUGAUUGAGCACCCUAUCUACGCCCCCUGGACACUUGCCGAUGUUAUCAGCAAGCGUAGUCAGACAGGCUGGAGUACUCACGGCCAUAGUGCUGUUGACGUGAACAUAUACGCUUCUGAUCGCCAUGCCGCCAAGAAGCUUCAGGGCAACCACGAAAACACAGAGGUCGGUGAAUUCUUGCGUUGGUACCUUGAUGUCGAGGAAGAGGUGAAGGAAGUCACUAAGGAGCUGAGAGACAAGCUGGAGAUCUCUAGCGGCGAGAGCUGGUUGGGUCCUAUUCCCUCCCAGGAGGACCUGGCUAAGGUCGAGACUCAUUUGAUGAGUCCUCAGAGAGGCUUUGAGCAAGCAUAAUCUAUCCGAUUGGAAAGAAAGCAUGGUGUUAGCAUGUAAUAUCUUGGAGGAACAUUGCAUUAAUAGAGCAUAUACCCGCAUUCUCUGGGGGGCAAGCAUGUCGUCCGGUUAGAUAGACAAUGAACACGC